CGCCGCAGUCCGCUCUCGGCUCGCUUUCCUCUCCUUCUCUCGCUCCGUUUCCCAUGCCGGCCGCCUAUGUUCUGGUCCUGUUCCUGGCAUUGGCUACCCUCGGAUCUCGCAGCAGAUCGAGGGCGAUCGCGGGGGAUUGCCCCCUGGACUUUAGUUGGUCGAACAUCAGUUUAGCAUCAUCUGCUUGUGCAAAUCAAAAUGAGCGAGGAAAAUGCUGCCGUUAUCUUAAUGCCAUUGUUGCAAUUUCUAUUGCUCAAUUUGCAAAUGCAACUGGCAGACUGGGUGUUCCACCAGCAGUCACUGAAGGCUGCCUUAGUUCCAUUCCGGAAACCUUAAGCUUAUAUGGCAUUCCAGCUAGUGCCUCUGUUUUUUGUGGUCUGGGGCCAAAAAUUCGAGUUUCUUAUCAGUGCCAGGGUAGAGCAACUGUGUUGGAAAUGAUGCAAUCUCCCAAUUUUAGUGAUGUUAUUGAAACUUGUAAUGUUCCCCUUUCAUUAGAUAAUAGUUGCAAGAGGUGCCUAAACUCUGGCAUCAUAUAUCUUCACCACCUCAUAGCAACAGAUGAUAAUAUCACAUUAAGUGUCUGUCGUGAUGCAGUUUUUGUGACACUUGCAAACCAAGGUGGCAACUUUUCUGCUGUUGAUAUGGCCGCUUGCUUCUUUGGUGUUCAAGGGCUUAAUAUUUUUCCAGUGUCACCGUCUGGAUCACUUGCUCCUACAUCUUCUCCAAAAUUUACAUCUUCUCCAAGUUCUAUUUCUGCUCGAGCUCCAAGGCAACAACUAAAUGCUUCUCCUAUGAACAAAAUUCGUCACACCUACCACCUUACUCUGGUUCCAGGAAUUGGUGUUGGGGUCAUAGGCCUGACAGUUCUCUUACUUCUGGUUCUGAUACUGCUUAUACGUAAAAAAAGCAGAGAACUCAAGAAUGCAAAUGUUCCCACAGAAAACUCAUGGAAUGCUUUCCCACCUAAUCAAGUCCGGAGGUGUCAAGAAGGUCCAUCAGCUAUGUUCCGAAGAUUUGCCUAUAAGGAAAUGAAGAAGGCAACAGAGAAUUUUAGCACUGUCAUAGGUAAAGGUGGAUUUGGAACUGUCUACAAGGCCCAAUUUGUUGAUGGCCCUAUAGCUGCUGUAAAGCGAAUGGACAAAGUUUCAAAGCAAGGUGAGGAAGAAUUCUGCCGGGAAAUAGAGCUUCUCGCAAGACUCCAUCAUCGCCAUCUUGUUGCUCUCAAGGGCUUUUGUGCUGAGAGAAAUGAGAGGUUUUUGGUGUAUGAAUAUAUGGAGAAUGGAAGCCUUAAGGAUCAUCUUCAUUCAUCAGGAAGAAAAAGAUUAAGUUGGAGGACAAGGUUGCAAAUUGCAAUAGAUGUGGCCAAUGCUCUGGAAUAUCUUCAUUUUUAUUGUGAUCCUCCCCUCUGCCACAGAGACAUAAAAUCAAGUAAUAUCCUUUUGGAUGAAAAAUUUGUUGCCAAAGUAGCUGACUUUGGCCUUGCGCAUGCUUCAAGAAGUGAUGCAAUCAGCUUUGAGCCAGUAAAUACAGAUAUCCGUGGGACUCCAGGGUACAUGGAUCCUGAAUAUGUGGUGACUCAAGAGUUGACGGAGAAGAGUGAUAUAUACAGCUAUGGUGUUUUACUACUGGAGCUGGUGUCUGGGAGGAGAGCGAUACAUGAGAACAGGAAUCUGGUAGAAUGGUCUCAGAAAUUCUUGGCAACAGAUUCAAGGUUACCUGAAUUGGUAGACCCUGCUACUGGGGACUCAUUUGACUUUGAGCAGCUGCAUAUGGUGGUAGAGCUGAUAAAAUGGUGCACCCAUAAAGAAGGGCGAGCAAGGCCAUCAAUCAAGCAAGUACUCAGGGUGUUCUCUGAGCAUUUGGAUCCAGUACAAAACGGCUUUUCUGAAAAUGAAGAAGGUGAUGGUUAUGUCGGGGGAAGGAGUAGCGAAGCGAGAAUACAUAGAAACGAGGUGAUUCCUUAUAGUGGUGAUGUAAGAUGUUUACAAUCCUCGUCGAGUACUUCAAGAUCCUACUGUAGUCGGAGUGUCCUGCUUGAGAGUGGGUCACCACAAUCUCCCCCUGUUGAAUAUGAUCUGUUGGAGAAAUGCUAAAGUUUCUGCCACAGUCAAGAUUUUACAUUUUUGUUAAGGAACAAACCGAAAUGAAUGUUAAACAAUUAUUCCUUUGACGCCUUCAACUUUGGAUUAAUGCAGCUGAAGAAGUCGAAUGGUGAAUCCGACUCCAAGUCACACUCGUUGAGUACUCACAUGGAGAGGGAUCAUAGCCAUCCAGCUUAUGAAGGAUCUGUCAAAACGAAUCACUUCACAUGGGUGUAUUGCUGUUCAUAACGUGGGACUCGCCCAAAUCUAAACCAUUCCCAAAAGCAAAGAUGCUUUCUGCUGCUCCCAUCUGCGACCACUGCAACACAAGCCCACUUCCCUGCUCAUUUCUUCUUCCUUUUCCAAGCCUUCCCUCAUCCGCAUCAGUAGAACGAAGACAAAUCAACCGGGAAAUAAUGUCAUGAGUAGGUGCUGUUAAUAUAUAUCGCUCGAGUAGAAAC